UCAGAACCAAAUUAAACAUUCGCAUCAUCAAGCAACGGAUUUUAUUCUGACAAUUUUACCAAAAUAAGGCACAAUAAUUGUUCCAUACAACUGUUUUUUGAGUGAUUUGAAGUGCUUCGAAUAAAAAAAAGAAAUGGAAAAACCAAAUAUAAAUUCUAAUGAAUAUAAAUUCGAUCCGGCACCGUAUACCAUUGCCAUUAAAACGUUUUCGGAGCAAAUUCAAACCAAUUGUUUGGAAACAAACCCAAAACCAACAUUCAAACAGUUUGAUGAAGUAAUCGGUGACAAAAUAGAAAUGUGUUCCCGCAUUGCUGAAGAAAUAAACAAAGUACGAGUGGACAAUUCGAAGAUGCAGAUAGAAUUGAAGUCAUUGAAAAAAGAAGAAGAACAUUUAUCAUACACACAUUUGGAUUUGAAAGAAGUCCUGAAAAACACAUGCAAGGUCACAUUCGUUCAAAAUAACGAAGACUUCCGAACGUUAACACAAAAAAUACAAAUGAGUCUCGGUUUCAAAUUGAAGUUACUACAAUGUCAAGAUAGCCAGCAUCUAUGGAUUGCUACAUUUUUAUUUGAUGUGCCUAGAGAGUUGGAGGGUAAUUACAGUGUUGUUAUACUAUACAACACACAGGAUGAGUCUUUUACAUUGCGGGACUUGAAGCCGAAACAUUGCCGGUUUGCAGAAUUGUCGAACUUCCUCGCCAAUACAAAUGAUAUUACGGGCUUGUUGUACAACUGCUGGAAAUACUUUUCUUCGACAACUGCUCAGAACUGAAAUCAUAAUUCAAA